AUAAAUAACGAAAUAUAUUAUUGCCUAAAAAAACGCCAUAAGAAAUGUAGUAAAUGUUUGAAGAAUUUAAUGUAAAAUAUAACAAAAAAUAUGCUUCUUUAGAUUAAUCAUCCUAUAGAUUAAACAUUUUUACUGAAAACUAUAAUUUUAUCUAAGAUCGUAAUUAAUAAAUUACAAACUUAGUAUUAGAAAUAAACUAAUAUACUGAUUUAACUCUUGAAGAAUUCAGAUAGCUUCAUUCUGGUUAUUAAUAAAAAUAAAAAAAAACAUUAAGAUUGCGCAAAAAUACAAAUUUUUAAAAUGAAGAUUUACCUGAAUCUGUUGACUGGAGGGAUAAGUUAACAACCCCAGUUUAAAAAUAAGGAGCUUGUGGAAGUUGUUGGGCAUUUUCCACCAUAGUUGCUUUAGAAGCUGCUUAUGCGAAAUAAACAGGAGAAAUAGUCAAGCUUUCAGAACAAAAUGUUAUGGAUUGUUGCAAAUUAGAAGAUAAAGGAUGUAAUGGUGGAGAUCCAGAAAGUGCUUUAAAUUGUGUUACAAAGUUAAUUAAAGGAAUUAUGAAAGAAGAUGAUUAUCCUUAUUAAGCUAUAACAAGAAAAUAAUGUGAUUUUGUUAAAGAGAAGUCUGUAUAUCUUCCCGAUAAUUAUGAAGAUAUAACUCCUAAAAAUGAGUUAGUUUUAAAAAGUUUUGUCGCUAAAUAGCCUGUUUCUACAUGUAUUGGAGCUACUACUUAAAUAUUCUAAUUCUAUAAAAGUGGAAUUAUUAGUCACAGUGAGGAUUGCUUAAAUUUACCUGAUCAUUGUAUAGGUAUUGUUGGGUAUGGAGUUGAAGAUGAUAAUAAAUAUUGGAUUGUAAAAAAUUCCUGGGGAAACUAAUGGGGAGAAUAAGGUUAUGUAAGAAUUCUUAGAACUGAUAAUUCUAAUGAUAUUGGGAUGUGUGCGAUUGCAAGUGAACCAAGAAUUGUUAAUUGGUAAGGGGGAAAUAAUAAUUAAACUAAUUGAAUUUUUUUUUUUUUACG